AACAGGGAAACUUCUCAGCCUGGCAGAAGCAGAGAUUUGGAUCCCAGGCAGCAAAACAGCACUGAGCCUCAGGCAGAGCCUUGGUCGAACCAUGACCGAGGAGCCCGGACAGAAGGACAGUGAGCUCGGACACCCCCACUGCAGCAUGGGCUGCGGACACAAGGAUGACAAAGCCAGCCUGGCUUCGAGCCAGAUAGCAUCUUUCAGCCACCAGCCCCCCUCCACUCCUGCCUCCAAGGAAGUGUGGAAAAAGGGUGGCCGCAUGUUCUCCAUCCUGCUGGCCGUGCACUUGGCCCUGCUGGCCUGCACGCUGGUGAGCAGCGGGGCUUUCGAGAAGAUUGCUGUGCACGACUACGACGUCUUCUUCCUGCUGACAGUCAUGAUGCUGAUUGUCAUCAUCUGGAUCAUCUUCUACCUUGCCAGCACCUCCCGGUGCCCAGGUGCCAUCCUCAGCAAGGACUCCCAUGCUGGGCCCAUCUGGCUGAGAGGAGGCCUGAUCCUAUUUGCCAUUUUCAGCCUUGUCAUGGAUGUGUUCAAAAUAGGAUAUUACUCGAGCUUCUACAGCUGCUUGUCUGCAAUCAAAAUCAUCUACCCCAUUGUGCAGGCAAUAUUUGUGGUUGUCCAGACAUAUUUCCUGUGGGUCUCUGCCAAAGACUGCAUCCACGUGCACCUGAACGUUACCAGAUGUGGCUUGAUGCUAACGCUGACUACAAACCUGGCUGUGUGGAUGUCAGCAGUGACAGAUGAGUCUGUCCACAAGGCACAUUCAAAGCUGAAGAAAAACAUGACAGAGGAAAUCUUCAGGUGGCUCCUGAAAGUGGGAAUGAGAAGCAGCUCAGUUGAAGAAUGUAAUUGCAACAGCCAAAUCUGCCAGAUCUUCAAAAAUGGCUACUUUUGGCUGUACCCCUUUAACAUUGAGUACAGUCUUUUUGCCUCUGCCAUGGUCUAUGUCAUGUGGAAGAACGUUGGACGCUUCAUAGACCACCACUCCCACCACAUUCAGCGCCUGAAGUUCAGGCUCUUCCGAAGGACCUUCUUUGUUGGCAUCAUGUUGGGCCUCAUCAUCCUCGUGAGUGGUUUGGGAGUCCUCAUCCUGUACGAGGUGCAGGUAAAUUCCAGCACUGAAUCCAGCAAGAAGAGCCAAGCACUCACCAUGUACUACAUCUUCAACAUUGUUUGUUUGAGCCUGAUGUCUCUUGUCUGCAUUGGUGGCUCUGUCAUCUACCGGUUUGACAAGAGGGACAUGGACCGGCACAAGAACCCCACCAGGACCCUGGACGUGGCCCUGUUGAUGGGGGCAGCCUUGGGGCAAUAUGCCAUUUCCUACUACUCCAUUGUGGCCAUCGUGGCCAGCACGCCAAGGGACACUAUCAGUGCACUCAACCUCACCUACGCUCUCCUAAUGAUUGCCCAGCAUACCUUCCAGAACAUCUUCAUCAUCGAGGGCCUCCACCGGCAGCCCCCCAAGGAGGACUACAAGCACGAGUCUCACCAGAAGGACCUCUACGGGCUCACCUUUGUAAACAUCAAUGCAGUGUCCCUGCGGGUGCCUGACACUGGCAGCGCCUUGGCCGCUGGCGCGGCAUCUGGCACGGAGGCCAUGCACGCUUCUGACCUGGUGAGGUCCCUCACUGCCCCCAAGAAGAUGAACUGGAGGAGGAAGUUCUUGAGGGAGAUCUCCAUGUUCCUGCUGCUGAGCAAUAUCAUACUCUGGAUCAUGCCAGCGUUUGGUGCCCGGCCCCAGUUUGACAAUGACACAGAACUGAACUUCUAUGGCGAUUCCAUGUGGCCGGCCAUCGUGGACAUUUGCCUGCCCUUUGGGAUCUUCUACCGAAUGCACGCUGUGGCCAGUUUGCUGGAGGUCUACAUCAUGUCCUAAAGAGGUCCCUUGCAAGGGAGAUGAGAUCCUCCUCAAGUAAUCCACCUUUUUCCUACCCCAGGGCUGGGAAGCUGCCCAGAUGUCCCCAGGGGUCUCCAACACUGCCUGAAUCACAUCCUCUUGCAGUAUUGGGGCAUUUAUGAACUGUCAGUGAAGAUGAUCCAAACAUAGUCCAGAUUUUAUUUUUGCUA